GCGGGGAAGGCGGCUCCAGCUCCGCGCGGCCAGAUGGGCAGCCAGGCGGCGGCGACGGCACCAUGAGCUGCCGGAAGCGCAGCUUCACCUUUGGGGCCUACGGAGGGUAGGGUGGAUAAGUCCCUCACCCCUCACCGGAGUGUGUGGAGGAGUGAUGGGCAGAACCCGCGCUUCCCUCGGGCACUAGACCUGCCACGAGUGGACUUAGCCCUCCCACCCGCCGCUUCGCUCCACCCAAAGAACACAGAUCUGUUUGAGAUGAUUGAAAAGAUGCAGGGAAGCAGGAUGGAUGAACAACGAUGCUCCUUCCCACCACCCCUCAAAACGGAGGAGGACUACAUUCCCUACCCAAGCGUCCACGAGGUCCUGGGGCGAGAAGGGCCCUUCCCCCUCAUCCUGCUGCCCCAGUUUGGGGGCUACUGGAUUGAAGGCACCAAUCACGAAAUCACCAGCAUCCCAGAGACAGAGCCACUGCAGUCACCCACGACCAAGGUGAAGCUGGAGUGCAACCCCACAGCCCGCAUCUACCGGAAGCACUUUCUUGGCAAGGAGCAUUUCAAUUACUACUCACUGGACACUGCCCUGGGCAACCUGGUCUUCUCACUCAAGUAUGAUGUCAUCGGGGACCAGGAGCACCUGCGGCUGCUGCUCAGGACCAAAUGCCGAACAUACCAUGACGUCAUCCCCAUCUCCUGCCUCACUGAAUUCCCCAACGUGGUCCAGAUGGCGAAGCUGGUGUGUGAAGAUGUGAAUGUGGACCGAUUCUAUCCUGUGCUCUACCCCAAGGCUUCCCGGCUCAUCGUCACCUUUGAUGAACAUGUUAUCAGCAAUAACUUCAAGUUUGGAGUCAUUUAUCAGAAGCUCGGGCAGACCUCAGAGGAGGAACUCUUCAGCACCAACGAGGAAAGCCCUGCCUUCGUGGAGUUCCUUGAAUUUCUUGGCCAGAAGGUCAAACUGCAGGACUUUAAGGGGUUCCGAGGAGGCCUGGAUGUGACCCACGGGCAGACGGGAACCGAGUCUGUGUACUGCAACUUCCGCAACAAGGAGAUCAUGUUCCACGUGUCCACCAAGCUGCCCUACACGGAAGGGGACGCGCAGCAGUUGCAGCGAAAGCGGCACAUCGGAAACGACAUCGUCGCCGUGGUCUUCCAGGAUGAGAACACGCCCUUUGUGCCCGACAUGAUCGCGUCCAACUUCCUGCAUGCCUACGUGGUGGUGCAGGCCGAGGGGGGGGCGCCCGACGGCCCGCUCUACAAGGUCUCUGUCACGGCCAGAGAUGAUGUGCCCUUCUUUGGGCCCCCACUCCCGGACCCUGCUGUGUUCAGGAAGGGGCCCGAGUUCCAGGAAUUUUUGCUGACCAAGCUGAUCAAUGCUGAAUAUGCCUGCUACAAGGCGGAGAAGUUUGCCAAACUGGAGGAGCGGACACGGGCUGCGCUUCUGGAGACGCUCUAUGAGGAACUCCACAUCCACAGCCAGUCCAUGAUGGGCCUGGGCGGCGACGAGGACAAGAUGGAGAACGGCGGCGGGGGCGGCGGCUUCUUCGAGUCUUUCAAGCGGGUCAUCCGGAGCCGCAGCCAGUCCAUGGACGCUAUGGGGCUAAGCAACAAGAAACCCAACACCGUGUCCACCAGCCACAGCGGGAGCUUCGCACCCAACAACCCGGACCUGGCCAAGGCCGCUGGAAUAUCAUUGCUUAUUCCUGGGAAAAGUGCGAGUAGAUUCGGACGCCGGGGCAGUGCCAUAGGCAUAGGAACCGUGGAAGAGGUUGUCGCCCGCGGGGCCACCGGCUCUGGAGGCUGCCUGCACGCGCUGCUCUCUGCUCGCUCUCAGGACGGAGGCCAUAUUGGGGACGUUGCCCCCUUCCCCCCGGGACAGGCCGGAGGGCGUGCAGGUCGGAGUGCUGGCAGCUCUGAUGGCACUCAGCACCUGCUUUGGGGCCUGUCACUGAUUGUCCCUGGGAAGAGCCCCACGAGGAAGAAGUCAGGCCCGUUUGGCUCACGCCGCAGCAGCGCCAUCGGCAUCGAGAACAUACAGGAGGUGCAGGAGAAGAGGGAGAGUCCCCCAGCUGGCCAGAAGACCCCAGACAGCGGGCACGUCUCACAGGAGCCCAAGUCCGAGAACUCCUCCACCCAGAGCUCCCCAGAGAUGCCAACGACCAAGAACAGAGCGGAAGCGGCAGCACAGAGAGCAGAAGUGCUGACGGACUUCUCCCACUCCUCGUCCAGUGCCAGCAGCUUCGCCAGUGUGGUGGAGGAGACGGAGGGUGUGGACGGGGACGAUACAGGCCUGGAGAGCAUCUCGUCCUCAGGGACCCCCCACAAACGGGACUCCUUCAUCUAUAGCACGUGGCUGGAGGACAGCGUCAGCACCACAAGUGGGGGCAGCUCCCCAGGCCCCUCACGAUCACCCCAUCCAGACGCCGGCAAGCUGGGGGACCCUGCAUGUCCAGAGAUCAAGAUCCAGCUGGAAGGGGCUGAGCAUCACACACCUCAGCUGAUGAGGCCGAAGAAGCACAAAGUGAAGAUGCUGUGUCGACUCCAGGUGGAUGGAACCUCCACCCCCAAGGCCGCCACCAGCCUGUGGGCAGUCCCCUGCCUCCCCAUCCCUCUCCUCAGCCUACCACCUGGGCUGUCUCUGCAGGGCAGAGCCAUCCAGACCUGGGAGCAGGGAAGCUGCUGGCAUCACCCUUACCCCCCCAGGCUGGGGGGCCAGGCUGGUGCAGGGGGGGUCAGUUGCAGCAAGACUGCAGGCCUGGCUUGCUCCCACCUGGGCCCUCCAUCACACCUUAAUGCCCCUCUAGACUCUGGGGGGGGCAAGGUGGGAAGGGGGACUGAGUUAUCUCAGCGCGUACCCAGCCAGCAGGCGGCAGGAUGUGAGAUGUGAAUGAUCACUGGCUUGGGAGUCCCAAGUCCUGGCUUCCAAUUUGGGUUCUGCUGUGUGACUGUGGGCAAGUCACUCCCCCUCUCUGGGUGCCUCAGCUGCAAACGGACAAGAUUAUUUCAGAGGUCACUGAAGACUGUGAUUCCAUGCACCUGCCCCAGAACGGGGGACUGUCCUUCCAGGGGCUUGCCGUCACCCUACCCUGCUUCUUAGGGUCCCUGGGGCCCCAGGUCGGGUGAGGGGCAGGAAACCGGCUAUGCCUGUUGCCCCUCCUGGGCCCUUAAGCUCUGCCACAGAUCUGCCAAUACCCUGUCCACUGCCUCCGCGUGACAGACAAGUGACCCCCUUGUGGGAAAAAGGAGGACCUACCUGGCUCCUCAGCUUUGCCCCUGCCAUCCCGUAUUUUGGGCACUCCAGGCCGAUAGGCCUCUUCUGGCCUAGAGUUGCAGGCCUGGCCUUUGCGCCCCCCGCUCCCAUGGAGGGGGUAGCCAGGCACAGCUGCUGUGAGUCCACUUCCUUCUGUGUGUCUGUCCACACUUUUUAGGCGCCAUGCCAAAGGCCAGCCUUCCCACCCCAGUACCCAUCUGGGAAGCCCCUGUGGCCGUGUGUAUGUUGGUAACAGUUGUACAGAAUAAAUUCUAUUUAUCGCUAUUGUA